CUCAUACAUGCGCGCUGGAUAUGGAUAAGGACGCCGCGCGCCUCCCUGCUGUCUCCCGCGGACGGGCUGCACUUUGCGGCGCGUAAAAAGGUGCCCAAAUGAAUCACCCCCCUUCCGGCUCCUCCGGCGUGCAAUGGCUUAACAAAAGAGACAUGAGUUUCCGGACGGAGGACAGCAUCACCUUGUGCAAAAGGGCGCUACAAAUCAUCACGGAACUCUGUCUCGCGGGACAGGUAGACCGGGAAAAAUGCUCGGAUAUAUUUCCCCUGGAGAGCAACAUACCAGGUAAAGGAAACGCAGACAUCUCUAUUAGUCUCCUUGCUGUGGUCGUGGGUUUCUGUGGCCUCGCCCUGUUGGUAGUCUCUCUCUUUGUCUUUUGGAAGCUGUGCUGGCCCAUUUGGAGGAGCAAGGCUCUGUCAGCUCACGCCGAAAAUGGCCUCCAUGUGGGUUUCCCCGAGGCGCCUCCACCGAACUCCCCACCGCCCAGCGAGUGCAAGGCGCCGGAGGUGGAGAAGAAGUUCCCGCUGGAGAAGGUGAAGGUGAAUGGACGGAGCACGGUCAAGCUCCUGGAGGCAGCCAUGAAGAUCAGCCAGACGUCUCCGGACAUCCCCGCCGAGGUGCAGACCGCCCUGAGGGAGAAGCUCAGCAAGCAGGCAAAGAUCCAGAGGCAGACCACCGAGCCAACCUCGUCCUCCAGGCACAAUUCAUUCCGGCGCCACCUGCCUCGUCAGAUGAAUGUCACCAGUGUCGACUUCAGCAUGGAUAAAGUGCCUCUUCGCCAGUCCUCUACUGUGAGCAUUGGAAGAAUAAAACCGGAACUCUACAAGCAGAAAUCGGUGGACUCAGAGGAUGGGGCCAAAGAGCCUGUUGAGACGUGCGGAAAGCUCAGCUUCUCGCUGCGUUAUGACUACGAGGAGCAGGCGUUGGUGGUGACAAUCCUCAAGGCUUUGGAGCUGCCUGCCAAGGACUUCACAGGCACGUCCGACCCCUACGUGAAGAUCUACCUUCUACCAGAGAGGAAGAAGAAGUUUCAGACGCGCGUCCAUCGCAAGAACCUGAACCCUACUUUUGACGAGAGCUUCUGUUUCCCUGUGUCUUAUGAUGAGAUCUGUAACCGCAAGCUGCACUUCAGUGUCUACGACUUUGACCGCUUCACCAGCCACGAUAUGAUUGGCGAGGUGGUGGUGGACAACCUCUUUGAACUCUCUGAUCUUUCCAGGGAGGCUGUAGUGUGGAAGGAUAUUCAUGCAGCAACUACGGAGAGUGUUGACCUGGGUGAGAUCAUGUACUCGCUGUGCUACCUCCCCACAGCAGGCAGAAUGACCCUAACUGUCAUCAAAUGCAGAAACCUCAAAGCCAUGGACAUCACAGGCUCUUCAGACCCUUAUGUGAAGGUCUACUUGAUAUGUGAUGGACGAAGGUUAAAAAAGCGAAAAACAACCACCAAGAAGAGCACGCUCAAUCCGGUCUACAACGAGGCCAUCAUCUUCGACAUUCCCCCGGAGAACGUGGAACAAGUCAGUCUGUCUAUCAUGGUGAUGGAUUAUGAUCGGGUGGGACACAAUGAGGUGAUUGGUGUGUGUCACGCCGGGCCAGAAGCAGAGGGUCUUGGACGAGAUCACUGGAACGAGAUGUUGGCUUACCCGCGGAAGCCCAUCACACACUGGCACACUCUGGGAGAGUGGCCUGGAAGAGCAGCAAGCUUUGAGAGUCAAGCUUCGUGUCCUUCUCCCAAACCUCCGCAGACACCCUGAUGACCACAGGUAGAGUGGAAACACACCAGCCCUGUGAGGAAGCAGGCAAUUGCUUAGAGUUGCUAAGAAGUUCUGUAGCUUAUGAGUCUCUUGUGAGCAUGUUGUAUGACAAUUCAUUCUGAUGACUCUCGUGUAUGUUUAUGAAAAACAAAUUAGUAUGGAAAUUGAACUCGGGUCCUUCACAUGCUCUCUGAGCUGGCUAUGCACAGCACUUACUGUCAUGCAGUUUAACGUUUUAUUUUCAUAUACCUGCUUUGAAAUUCUCAUCAAGGCUUACAUAUCCAAAAAUGUUCACAGACAUCAUGAAUGGUAGGCCUCCCUGCAAGACAUCCUUGGUGAUCAACCUUUUCAAAAAACUUUUUUUCGGGCACUAGAGCUCUGUAGGGACUUAGCAUUUUGCUUUGAAAAUGGCACAAAGUUAAAGGGCUACGCUCCUCAAUGCCAUUAAAACAUAGAUAGAACACAGUCAAUAAAUCCAUUGAGUCUUGAUUCAGGUGUUGGCUAAAGAAUGCAUGUGACUGAGGUUAGCUCUCAUCCUAAAAUACUUUUUCUCUUGUUAAGUUGAAAAUGCAAUGAAUUAAGCAUUUACAUUUAACCUGUUUUGCUAAUCCAAGAGAGGUGUAUGAGCCAAGCAACAUGACAUAAUGAAAAAGUCAUGUCUUACAUUUUUCUUAUCAUAACUGCUAUCUCUACACUGAAAUACAAGAACGAUGUCUUUUUCAUGGUAUGGGUGCUGACUUUUCUGCCUGGGCUGGCUUCUUAAGCCUCAGCCUUUUAGCAUCAUAUCAAGUACUGUAUGUGGUCAUCGGGCUUUUGGUUAGAAAGCAGCAACAGUGGCUGCGGUCUUUAUUGCUCAGGAAGUUUGAGCUCACGGCUAGUAAAAGUAUUACGGAAAAGCCUCUUUUGACCGCAGCCCGCAUUCAACUAACUCAUGUAGCUAACGUUAGCUUGAUUAGAUAGCUAGCAGAUUUUAUCUGCUAGCAACAUAAAUCAUACAGAAACGAGAGUCUGUUUUGUCAACCUCUGACUAAUUAGGGGGCCCUUUGUAAGGAGAAACAUAGCAGCUAAUCUGCCAUCAUUUGUCAUUGUUAACGGCAGGAUAUGCUCUCUAAAAAUAGAAAGCUUAACAUGCAACGGUAGCUAAAGAGAGUGUAGCUAAAUUAACAAUACGCCAAACACCAAAAAAGCAAAGUACAGUAACUACUGAUAUUAUUUCAAAACUAGAAAUAACAAGAAGCCAAAAUAAAUUUUACAACAACUGUUCAGCAGUUUAUAAUUCAGGGAAUUAUAAUUCAUAAAACAUUUGAAAAUAUUAUACAUGUUUUUUCCAUCAAGCCAUAACAAUGUAAGUUGACAGACAUUAAUUCAGUCUCUCCUGACAUGCGAGUAAUAAUAUAAAACUAAGAAACCAACAUAGCAAAUAUAAAAGGCUGUGUACUGUUACCUGCACAUGCAUAUGAUGAUGCUUUCCCCGUACGCUGUCCUAAAUAUAUAAAAGAAAUAUUUUUACUUGUAGCUUGCCUAAAACCUCUUAAAAACACAAUGAGGGGAAAAUAAAGAAAUAAGAGUAUUUCAAAAACGUUGUGUUUACAUAUGUAUAUAUUCUUGUCCAUGGCACUGUUUGUACAUAUUAAAAAGUGAAAUUAAGAAGUUGUUGUGAACUUAUGGAGGUAGACAUCACAAUGUAUUUCUAUUGUUUGGUGAUCAUUUGAGCAGCAGACUUAUUGAGUAAUAUUUAUACACGUUGUGUAAUAGUUGUGAACAAUUAGUAAAAAAGGAGACCCAGUGAAGCCAACUCUAUCUUAUCAACUUAUUACAUGUUUAGGAGUUUAGAGCUUUGAGUCGUGAUUGUUUGCAUAUUGGUUUCAUUAUAUAUUAUAUCUAAUAAUAUAUAAGUAUAUUGAGCCAGAACAACUGCAACUGCUGUCAUGAUGUGUACAGUUUGUGAUAA